AUGGAGGUCCGACCAGAUCGGGCAAAGGCGGUAGCGGCCAAGACACUCGGGAAAUUAUACAGGGUCCUCGAGAAGCGGCAGGAGAAUGGCGAGACCAUCGAGCUGUCGGCGGAGGGCCGGCCGGAGCUGGUGGAGGAGAAGGAGCUGCCGGUGGUGGACUGCACCUGCUUCGGCCUGCCGCGGCGCUACAUCAUCGCCAUCCUGUGCGGCCUGGGCUUCUGCAUCUCCUUCGGCAUCCGCUGCAACCUCGGCGUGGCCAUCGUCAGCAUGGUCAACAACCACACCAUCUACAAGGGGGACAAGCCCUACAUAGUGAAAGCCCAGUUUUCAUGGGACCCGGAGACAGUGGGCAUGAUCCAUGGCUCAUUCUUCUGGGGUUAUAUUGUCACACAGAUCCCAGGUGGAUUUAUUUGUCAGAAAUUUGCUGCCAACCGGGUGUUUGGCUUUGCUGUAGUUUCCACUUCCAUCCUGAACAUGCUGAUUCCUUCAGCAGCGCGGGUCCACUUUGGCUGCGUCAUCAUAGUUAGGAUAUUCCAGGGCCUUGUUGAGGGUGUGUCUUACCCAGCGUGCCAUGGUAUCUGGGCUAAAUGGGCUCCACCCCUGGAGAGAAGCCGCUUGGCUACGACAGCCUUUUGCGGUUCCUACGCGGGCGCGGUGGUGGCCAUGCCUCUGGCUGGUAUCCUGGUGCAGUAUGCUGGCUGGCCCUCGGUGUUCUAUGUGUAUGGGACCUUUGGGAUCAUGUGGUACAUCUUCUGGAUCAUGGUGUCCUAUGAGAGUCCCGCUGCCCACCCCACCAUCACGGCUGAGGAGAGGCAGUACAUAGAGGACGCCAUCGGAGACUCUGCUGGCUUCUCCAACCCACUACAGAAGUUUAAGACCCCCUGGAGGCAGUUCUUCACCUCCAUGCCUGUGUACGCCAUCAUUGUGGCCAACUUCUGCAGGAGCUGGACCUUCUACCUGCUGCUCAUCAGUCAGCCAGCGUACUUCGAGGAGGUGUUCGGCUUCGAGAUUAGCAAGGUGGGAUUGGUGUCGGCCCUACCUCACCUGGUGAUGACCAUCAUAGUGCCCAUAGGGGGGCAGCUAGCUGACUACCUGCGAGAAAACAACAUCAUGACCACCACCAACGUCCGCAAACUCAUGAACUGUGGAGGCUUUGGGUUGGAGGCCACAUUUCUGCUAGUGGUGGGGUUCUCGCAUACCAAAGGAGUGGCUAUAUCUUUCCUGGUUUUGGCUGUAGGCUUCAGUGGAUUUGCAAUAUCAGGGUUCAACGUGAACCAUCUGGACAUUGCUCCACGGUACGCCAGCAUUCUCAUGGGCAUCUCCAACGGCGUUGGCACGCUCUCGGGCAUGGUGUGUCCACUCAUUGUGGGCGCCAUGACGAAGAACAAGACGCGAGAGGAAUGGCAGUAUGUCUUUCUCAUCGCCUCACUUGUGCACUAUGGUGGUGUGAUCUUCUAUGGGAUCUUUGCGUCCGGAGAGAAGCAGCCGUGGGCCGAGCCUGAGAACAUGAGUGACGAGAAGGUGGGCAUCCUGGGAGAGGACGAGCUCGCCGACGAGACGGAGGAGCUGUACAGGACGUCCGGCGGCGGAGGCUACGGCGCCGUCAACCAGCCGGACAACCCCAACGGAGGUGGGGGAGGGGGCGGCGGGGGCGGCGGAGGAGGGGGCUGGGUGUCCGACUGGGACAAGACGGAAGAGUACGUCCAGCCCACAGGAACCAACAGCUACCUGUAUGGAGGAGACGAUGACAGGGAACUGACGUAG